UGCGAUGACUUUAAGAUUUUGAUAAGAACAUUCCAUAAUAUCCACAAGGUUCGGUCUCGAGAUCCUCCGCGAAUAUGGAGAGUCAGGGUGAGCCCGCUGCGUCUCCACGAGGCACGAAACGAAAGGCUUCAGACGACCUUCCGCGUGGCUCCCGAAAGAUCCAGCCGCUAGCUCAAGACGUAAUAAACAAGAUUGCCGCGGGGGAGAUCAUCGUCGCCCCUGUCCACGCGCUCAAAGAAUUGAUCGAGAACUCCGUUGAUGCGGGAGCGACUCAGCUGGAAGUGGUUGUGAAAGACGGCGGGCUGAAGCUGCUGCAGAUCACUGACAAUGGACAUGGUAUAGAUAAAGACGAUCUAUCAUUGUUAUGCGAGCGAUUCACCACGUCCAAGCUCAAAGCGUUUGAAGACCUCCAGUCAAUCGAGACUUAUGGCUUCCGCGGUGAGGCUCUCGCGAGCAUCAGCCAUAUUGCUCAUUUGACCGUUGUUACCCGAACUGCCGAAUCGAGUUGUGCUUGGCGAGCCCAAUAUGCCGACGGUAAACUGGUUCCUCCCAAGCCCGGCCAAAGUGCAGAACCCAAGUCCCAAGCAGGACGGCAAGGCACCCAGAUCACGGUAGAAGAUCUGUUUUACAGCAUCCCCACCCGCCGGAGGGCGUUCCGUUCUCACAGCGAAGAAUAUGCGAAGAUCAUCGAUAUGGUGGGCCGUCAUGCCAUUCACUGUGCUCAUGUGGGAUUUUCCUGUAAGAAGCACGGAGAGAGCGCACGGAGUCUGCAGAUUCCGGUCAACGCUAGUACGGUUGAUCGCAUACGGGCGGUUCAUGGAACGCAAAUUGCGAACGAAGUGGUGCACUGGACGACAUCGAAUGAACGCUGGGGCUUCAAAGCCGACGCCUGGGUGAGCAAUGCGAACUACAGCGUCAAGAAGACCAUACUAUUACUCUUCAUCAACCAUCGAGCGGUGGAGAGUUCCGCGAUCAAGAAAGCCAUCGAUGCAACGUAUGCGACAUUCCUUCCCAAAGGCGGCCAUCCAUUCGUGUAUUUGAGCUUGGAAAUCGAGCCGAAUCGCGUCGACGUCAAUGUUCAUCCGACGAAACGCGAAGUCAAUUUCUUGAACGAAGAUGAGAUCAUCGAAGCGAUCUGCGAUGAAAUCAGGUCGGAAUUGGCGAAAGUCGAUACCAGUCGAACGUUCCUUACCCAGACAUUACUACCCGGCUCGCGUCUCGAUACCCCAGCACGGUCCGCGAAAAAAUCCGGCCAGCCGUCUCCAGAUAUCCCCUCCAUCGGCGGCGCGCCAAAAUUCACUCCCAAAACGCCCGCUCAGCGCCCGUAUGAGAACAACCUCGUUCGCACGGAUGCAAAAAGCCGGAAGAUUACCACGAUGUUCACUCCUACGCAUAUUGGAGAGGCCGGGAGCAGUCAUCAAGCGUCCAGGGCACCGCCAGACGAAAUGGAAUACGAGCGUACUGAUAGGGAGUAUACUUCUUGCAAGCUGGUUUCCAUCCGAGACCUCCGACAAGAGGUCCGAGAGGCGAUGCACAAUGAGCUCACCGACGUGUUCAGUGAGCUUAUCUUCAUUGGUGUGGUUGAUAUCCGACGACGGAUUGCUGCGAUCCAAUCCGGGGUCAAGUUGUUCCUUGUCGACUACGGCAUGGUGUCGAACGAGUACUUCUACCAAGUCGGACUCACCGAUUUCAUGAAUUUCGGCCGUCUUCGUUUGGAUCCGCCACUGAAUCUUCGAGAGCUGUUGGAGAUCGGGGCGGCGUAUGAACGAGAGCAGUCGCAGACCAUCCAAGAUGAAGACAGCAUGGAUCAAGGCGAGGAAAUUGACUGGGAUGAGGUCGUCGAAACAGUGAUGCAGCAACUCAUCGCGCGUCGAGAGAUGCUCACGGAGUAUCUCAUGAUUGACAUCUCGGAAGAUGGGGAACUCGGAAGUUUGCCUCUCCUUGUUAAAGGAUACACUCCCUCCAUGGCCAAGUUACCGACAUUCCUCCUUCGCUUAGGUCCUCACGUCGACUGGACGGAUGAAAAGCAGUGUUUCCAGACUUUCCUAACCGAGCUUGCUAGUUUCUAUACACCAGAGGCACUCCCUUCAGCUCCUGAUCCAGUGGACAGCGCUCAAGUUCAGAUGGAGGAUGCGGAAAUUGUAGGGAGAAGGAAUGAGUUGGCGAAGGCAGUGGAACAUGUUCUGUUUCCGGCGUUCCGUGGUCGGAUCGUUGCGACGAAGGGACUGCUCAAAGGGGUCGUCGAGAUCGCUAAUCUGAAAGGGUUGUAUCGUGUCUUUGAGAGAUGCUAGGUUGCUCGACCGUCUGUCGGCUGACGAAGAUGAAGCGGUUAUGAAAGAUGAAAGAUUAAUGGGAACAGAUAGGC